AUGGAGCAAGAAACUCUUCAUGCAAUGAAACUGGAUAUAACAUUGAAAAAGACUGAUCUUAUGAAACAUCGGGCACCUCAACCUUCAGAUAAGGAUUCUAAAAGUAAUAAAGGUAGGAAUAUCUUUCAGCAAACAUCAGGUCUUCCACUACAUAAGAGUACACAUACGGGAGAGAAGACUUACAAUUGUAGUGAAUAUGGUGAUGUUUCUAAUCAGUCUUCAGAACUUAUUCAACAGCGAAGUAUUCAGAAUCCACAGAAAAACUGCAAGUGUAAGAAAUGUGAGAAAGUCUUUACUAACGCACUCAAUCUACGUAGACAUAGAACAAUUCAUACAGGAUGGAAAACUUUCAAAUGUACAGAAUGUGGCAAACUGUUUAAUCAGAGUUCAAAACUUGGUCAACAUCGGCGAAUCCAUAUUGGCAAGAAGCCUUAUAAAUGUAAGGAAUGUGGCAAAGACUUUUGCCAGCACUCAAGUCUUACUUACCAUCAGAGAGUCCAUACAGGAGAGAAGUCUUUUAAAUGUAAGGAUUAUGGCAAAGCCUUUAGACAGUGCUCAUGUCUUCAUAAACAUCAGGUAAUUCAUGCUGGAGAGAAACCUUAUAAAUGUAAAGAAUGUGGAAAAGCUUUCAGUCAAUAUGCAACUCUUACUAAACACCAGCCAAUUCAUACUGGAGAGAAGCCUUAUAAAUGUAAAGAUUGUGGCAAAGACUUUAGCCAGAGCAUAGGUCUUACUUACCAUCUGAGAAUUAAUACUGGAGAGAAACCUUAUAAAUGUAAAGAAUGUGGAAAAGCCUUUAAUCAGAAGUCACAUCUUACUCAACACCAGCGAAUUCAUACUGGAGAAAAGCCUUAUAAAUGUAAAGAUUGUGGCAAAGACUUUAGCCGGCUCUCAGUUCUUAUAUACCAUCAGAGAGUUCAUACUGGAGAGAAGCCUUUUAAAUGUAAGGAAUGUGGCAAAGACUUUAGCCAGCACUCAAAUCUUACUUACCAUAUGAGAAAUCACACUGGAGAGAAACCUUAUAAAUGUAAAGAAUGCAGAAAAGCCUUUAAUCAGAAGUCACAACUUACUCAACACCAGCGAAUUCAUACUGGAGAAAAGACUUAUAAAUGUAGCUGUGGUGAAGACUUUAGCCGGCUCUCAGAUCUUAUAUACCAUCAGAGAGUUCACACUGGAGAGAAGCCUUUUAAAUGUAAGGAAUGUGGCAAAGACUUUAGCCAGUACUCAAGUCUUAUUUACCAUCAGAGAGUUCAUACUGGAAAGAAGCCUUAUAAAUGUAAGGAUUGUGGCAAAGGCUUUAUUCAACGCACAGGCCUUACUUGCCAUCAGAGAAUUCACACUGGAGAGAAACCUUAUAAAUAUAAAGAAUGUGGAAAAGACUUUAGUCAACGCUCCACUCAACACCAGCGAAUUCAUACUGGAGAGAAGCCUUUUAAAUGUAAAGAUUGUGGCAAAGACUUUAGCCAGUGCACAGGUCUUACUUGCCAUCAGAGAAUUCACACUGGAGAGAAACCUUAUAAAUGUAAAGAACAUGGAAAAGCUUUCGGUCACUAUUCGAAUCUUACUAAACACAAGCGAAUUCAUACUGAAGAGAAGCCUUAUAAAUGUAAGGAUUGUGACAAAGACUUUACCCAGCACAUUGGUCUUACUUACCAUCAGAUAAUUCAUACUGGAGGAAAUCUCAUAAACGUAAGGAAACCUGAAAAGGCUUUAAUCAGAGCUCUCACCUCACUGGACAUCAGAGAGCAUGUCCUGGAGGGAAACCCUAAUAAUGAAAUAAGUGAUGGAAGAGGUUUGUCCUAA